UCAGCCUCCCAUGUAGAUUACUCAGAGGUGCUUUAUACAUACAGGAGGGUGUUAGGUUUGGAAUUAAAAUGGCUUCGUUAGCAUUGGAUAAUCCUGCUUUGUACCAAAAUGCACAGCUUUUAAACUGGGUUUAUAUGGGCGACCAGACUCAACAAAAUGGUGCGUCUCUUUACACAACAAAUGACCCAUGGAAUAACCAGCCUAUUAACUCAAAUGUGGGGACGGUCUCGUCGAUGUUCAAGUAUCAACGGCAGCCAGAUCCUUGGUCAACAAGCACUGUAAAUACAAUCAGUGCUGUUGCUCCGAACCCAUUCCAGGUGUCACCAUAUGGCAGCGUGAAUGACCUUGCGGACCAAUUUAGUGACCUUUGUCUUACAUUACCCAAGCCAAGCAAGCGCCCUCCAUCAACCUAUCUAUGCCAUCUUUGUUUUACAAAGGGGCAUUUUAUAAAAGAUUGUCCACAGGCUCGUCCAAAAGGCGAGGGUUUGACACCCUACCAGGGCAAGAAAAGGUGUUUCGGAGAAUAUAAGUGCCCUAAAUGUAAAAGAAAAUGGAUGUCAGGAAACUCCUGGGCCAACAUGGGACAAGAAUGCAUUAAGUGCCACAUUAAUGUUUUCCCUCAUAAACAGCGCCCUCUUGAGAAGCCGGAUGGUUUAGAUGUAUCGGACCAGAGUAAGGUUCAUCCUCAGCACCUCUGUGGCAAGUGUAAAAUGCUCGGUUAUUAUUGCCGUCGUAUGGAUUAGAGGUUAUGUUUCGAUGGGGGGGAUGGACAUCUUUCGCAAAACUGAGACUUUAUCAUCAUCGAUGUUCAUUGAUUUACCAUAUAACAUCGGUAGCAUUCUUUUUUAAGAAAAAGCUUGCAAAUAAGGCUUUUUUUGGACAAAAUAUCAUCUUUUUGUAACAUUUCGAUCUUAGUGCCAGAGAAAUAUUAUGUUUUUGUGCCUUACUCUAAAAUGGUGCUUUUAUUUGAAAUUCUGCGACAACCAACUAUGCCUUGAAAAUUUUCUUUAAUAAUAUUUAAUGUAUUGCCAGCAAGAUCUUGUUUAUGUUAAAAAUGGAAAAAUGCAAAUGAUUGGUUAUACAAUCUGUUAUUUUUUUUUUUUAGUAAAGAUCUAUUUAUAUAACUUAAAAGAUCAUGAAAAGUUUGUUGUCGAUGUGAAAAACAAGAUGGAAUAUUUUGCCAUAUAGAAAAUAUUAUGCUUUUCUUAGAGGGGAAUUCUACCAUAUGAGAUAUAGCUGAUAUUUCUAGCAUUUACACAGUGGAUUCUUUGUGAGAGAUUCCUUUAUACAAAUUGUUGGCACCCUGUGGAUUUUCCCCGAUUCAUGCAUCAGGAUUAAUUACAUACAAUAGAUAAACAAUAGAUGCAGGCAGAAGAUAAGUGGGGAAAUCCUACACUAUCCUAUAUGUCUUAGAAAUCUCUUUAAUCUUUGAUUUAUUCUAGAUAAAACUAUCUGAAAUUCAUGACUAUAUAUUUUGCUACAUGUGUUGCUUAUCAAAAACUGUUUAUAAAUUUAUAAAUUGUAUUUUUUAUGAUUGUAUGAUUGUAGAGUUUACCACUAGUCAGAUUUUGAUGAAAAUUAAAUUAAGGAAACUUUAAUAACCCAAGUUGGGUAGGCUUUUGUAACUGCAACUCAGCAGGGGGGGGGUGGAGGGCAAUUAAAUCAUUAUCAGCAAUUAAAUUGGGUACUGAAAUAACUGGAGGCAGUUUAUCAUCAAUAAAAUAGGGGGAACUUUAAAUAACUCGGGGCUGUUUGUCAUCAAUAAAAUUGAGGGUACUUUAAAUAACUCGAGGCUGUUGAUCACCAAUGAAUAAGGGGGAUGUUAAAUAACUCGAGGCUGUCAUUCACCAAUGAAUAAGGAAGAACUUUAAAUAACUCAAUGGCUGUUUAUCAUCAAUAAAAUAGGGGGAAUUUAAAAUAUCAGUAAUUAAAAAGGGGAACUGUAAUAAUUUGACCCUGUUUAUCAUCAAUGAAUUUAAUAGGGGGAACUAUUUAUAACUCAAGGCUGUUAUCAUUAAUGAAAUAGAGGGAACUUAAACUAAAGCCAGUUUCUCAUCAGUUAAAUAUGUUAGUACUUUAGUAUUUAAGUACUCAUUGUUUUUAUUUUGAACUAUUUUCGUUGUAACUUUGGUCAUGUGACAGAGUUGCUUAAUUUCCUGUUGUUCAAGUUGAUACUUCCUGUGUAAGGUUAUUUAUAAACAACAAAAAAUAACAUGUGUAAAAGAACUAUUGACAUAACUUCUUAAAAUGUGUAAUUCAGAAUUAAGUUGACUUAUUUUAUGUCUUGUGUUAUCAGUGAGGCUGGGGAUGGGUAAUCGGGACUUUAGAGUAAAUAUUAAUUCAUAUUAAAAAAAUUCAAGGGAGUUUCGAUUUUUUUUAAUUUUUUUUUCAUCAAGGUGUUUUUUUUUAGAGUAAGACAGUAAUAUAAAACUGAGGAGUGGAAAGCAAUUUUCUAUCUGAUAGAAGUUUGAUUUAUAAUCAGAAUGUGACUUGUUCAUUUUUCACUGCAAGAAAUAUCAUUUUAAUCAUCACAGAAGAGUUAAUUGAUGCAUAACAUCAUAUAUGGAGGAAUUGUUCAUUUUUAGAAAAGUAAAGCAUUAUAUAUAGAUACGUUGUCACGGUAACAAACUUGUUAAGAGGACCAGAUUAUCAACGAUAUUCCUUCUUCCUUUGGCAUGUGAAUUUUUUCCUGGUAAAAUAAUUGAAUUUGUUAAAAUUCACGUUAAAAAUUCAAAAAAAAAAAGGGUAUAUAAACUUUAUACAUAACUUGUUAAACAAGUGAUUAUGUAAGGCUGAAGGCCGUAAGAUUGGACCUUAGUUUGUAGUCCGUCCAUAGAAUUAUUCGUAUUUCUUAGAAAGAAACUCGCAAAACUAUAUGUGUAUACAUUGUUUUUUGAUCUGCAUCCAAGCAUAUGGAUUUUGUUUUUCUAGUUUUUACAAGUACAGUGGUGUUUAUUUAUAUCUGUAGUUUUACAACUGUACAACAAAGAUACUUUUCACAUUCGAGAGUGGCAAGGUAUAAAUGUUAUAUUAUAAAAUAUGGGAAGCAAUAUCGGCUAGUAUUUUUUUACCUAGUAAUACAAUCUUGAAAUGUAUAUAUAAGGCUAUAUCAAUAUAAGAUGGAAACUAUAUAAGAAACAUUUCCAAAUUUUUUAUAUUUGAUCUUUAAUAUGAUGGAACUUUUUUUAUCGAGAAGAUAUGUGUAUAUAUGUAUAUAUAGUAGUGUCUAUAAAAAGUGCAUGCUUAUAUAUUUGAUGUGAUUUUUUGAUAAUUUUUCACUUUAAUAGUUUUACAUUUCAUACAGUGUUUAUGCCAUUUUAUUGUUUUAUAUAAAAACCAGACUAGAAGACUAGUCACAAACGUUCAUAUUUUGCUUUUUUGACCUUUUACACAUUACCGUUUUGGUGUUAUUUAAAAUAUUUGACAGUUGAUGGAGAUUAACAUUUUGGAGGUGAUGUGAGACUAUUAACCACAAGUUUAGCAUUUAUGUUUUUAAUUUUUGAAAUGGAAUUUUUUUUAUAAUAUGCCUAAGUUGAGCAAUAAAAGUUGAGUUGUGUUUAGCCUAUGACCAGUAUACAAAGUUAAUUUUCUAAAGUAAAAAUGUAGUUAAAUUUGAGCGGCCAACAGAAAGGGUCGUCAUACAGACUGGCCAAACUAACUCUACUGAUUUAAUAACCAAAUCAUUUUCCUGGUAGCAAUAGCAUUCAUGGAUAUAAAUAUGUUGAUUUUCUUUUUUUUCACCUCUGUUUUGACUAAAUUUUAUUUAGUUGCAUGUUUUUUUUCUAUUAUGUUUACUGUAUAGCUGGUCAGGAUGUAGCAUAUUAGUUAAUGUUUAUUUAAAUAUACCUUAAUUUAUAUAUUUUUAUCUUUUUUUUGACAGUUAUUUUAUUGUAGAGGGAAAUAUAAACAGUGUUAAUAAACAUGGUUGCCAAAUUAAACUUCAGUCUUUGGAGAUAGAGAGAAUAAAUAUGUUCCUGGAAAUAAUUUCUAGAGAAAAAAACUUUUAUAUUGCAAUAUCUGGAUUUCCAAACCACCUUGUUUUGAAUGUUUGAUAUCUGACUCACUUUGAUUUAUUGCCAUGAAUUUCUAGCAAAAACAAAUUUUUGUUUUGUUUAAAAAAAAAAAAUAGCAGAAAUUAUAUUGAUGUAGUUUUUGAAAUAGAAUUCAAAUGUGAGGUUGAAUUUAGGUGCACAGUCAGUGUCACCUUAAUGAAUUUGUUUCAUAAUUUGUUUCAUAGACUUGUCACAUUUUGAUUCAAGAACUUCCAAGGUUAUGGGAAGUCAAUAUCAAAAUCCUAAUAGAAGUUUAUACCAAAUCUUAAAGGAAGUCAAGCCCUAGGUAAUAACAAAAUCCUAAUAGAAGUUUAUAUUCAUAGGGAGACCAUAUUCAAAUCCUAGGUUAGUAGCAAAAUCAAUAUGGAAGUCAAUAUCCACAUCUAUAGGGAGGUCAAUAUCAAAAUCAUGGUCAUUAUCUAUGUUGAUAUCAAUAUCCUAAAGGAAGUCAAUAUCAAAUACUUAGGUCAAUAUCAAAAUCUUCGGUUAAUAUCAAAAAUCCUAAUGAAAGUCAAUAAUCACAUUCAUAGGGAAGUCAGUAUCAAAAUCCAAGACGAAAUCAAUAUUAAAAUCCUCUGUCAACAUCAAAAUCUUGAAGUUAUUAUCAAAAUUCUCAGGGUAAAUAUCAUAAUCCUGGAGGAAGUCAAUAACAAAAUCAUGGGUCAAUAUCAAAAUCAUAGGUCAGUAUUAAAAUGUCUUUCAUAAGAAAACAUUUUUAUGCAUCUCUAAAAAUACUCUAGACUGAAGUUCUGUUGUAUGUAAUACAUAUUCCUUGUAAUAUAAUAUCGAGUGAUGUACCACGCCUGUAUAUGUAGCAAUGUAUGUUGAUGUAAACCUUUUGUGUUGCCAGUAUUCGCUAACUUUGUGAUGACUGCCUCCUUUCUUAAUGCCAGAGUCAUUGUGAUUUUUUUUUUUUUUGCAUUUGAGCCGCGUCAUGACAAAACCAACAUAGUGCGUUUGCGACCAGCAUGGAUCCAGACCAGCCUGCGCAUCCCCGCAGUCUGAUCAGGAUCCAUGCUGUUCGCUAUCAGUUUCUUUACUUGUUAUACGGUCUGUAAGCGAACAGCAUGGAUCCUGAUCAGACUGCGCGGAUGCGCAAGCUGGUCUGGAUCCAUGCUGGUCGCAAACCCAUUAUGUUGAUUUUGUCGUGACAUGGCUCAUUUUUUUUUUCCUUUCUUGAGAAAUAUAAAAUGUACAUUUUAUAAUUAUGACAGUACAAUUAAUAUUUAUAUGUAAGUUCCGAAAGUUGUAUGGAAAAGCUGAAAACACACCUGGGAUUAUCAAACAAAACUUCUGUGAAACAACUAUAUUAUAUAGUAAACUUUAGUAUUGAAAUAUCUCAUAGGAUUCCUGUAUGAAUAAUGCAAUUUAGCAAAAAAAUCCAGUCUUGGAAUCGGGUACCUAUCAUUGAACAAAUGCCAUCAAACACUGCAGUAAAUGUAAAACUCAGUAUAAAAAUUACUCUCUUAGCCGGUUAACUCUCUUCAACUAUGAUAGUUCAUUUGUAACAGUUUUCGGCUUUCGUUUAAAUUAAAAUUAAAAUAAUCUACAGGUGUGAAGGCUGAUCAAUAUGAGAGUAUAGAACUAGGACUGAGUGAUCUAUAUUUAAAUGGAAUGGUUUCAGGGAUUUAUGUUAAUUGUAAUACUGUUCUAUAAAAUGUAUCUUGAUAUAUUACAAAUAAAUUAUUUAACAAUUA